CGGUCUUCAGCAUCAGUCGUCGUUGAACCCUCGUCUCGCGAGCAGCUACGACCGUCCGGUGAAUCGAAAGCGUGAACACAUCAGACGAAAUGACUACAAUUACGAGGCUGUCGAUCAUAAAAUUCCUUGAGCUUCUGUUGGUGUGCAUCCUUAUCGGAUUGCACUACAACUCCUUCAAUGCGGGAGAUCAACCUACCGUGAUGAUAACCAUGGGCACUUUUGGAGGCUACCUGAUUAUUCUGGUCGGCUUGUUUAUCGGCAGCGUGAUGGGAACGCCGGUGAACCGCCGCGUGGAUCUCUUCUUUUCACUUAUUGGAUGCGCUUUGUUCAUCACCGCGGGUGCACUUAACAUCGACCUCUUCUCGAAGCUAGCAUACAGAUCGUCAUUUCGCGAUACUGGCUUGGCCAAAGGCUCUCUCAGUAUUAUUGAGGGUGUCGUUUUCCUAGUGGACGCGUUCCUCACUUUUCGGGGGGAGAACUGAGAUCUGAGUCGCUUUUAAGUACAACGAGGGACUGCGCGGCCGGCAAUCGGUGUUAAUCACAUUCCGCGAUCGGCGGAUAUCUUUUCUAAUCUGUAAGGGAUUGAAUACUGCCAAAGAGUUUCCCGAAAGAAACUUUCUUUUCAGCGGGGUAGCCAAGUGUAGCUGAACGCGCAUCACACGCGCAACGUCGCGAAGUUCCGCCGAUUUCUCUGAAUAAUGCGAAGCACGAGUUACGAAGCUUCGUGAAAUUCACAACUUGUGCCAUUUGUCUUGCACUUCGCACGAAGUGUCUGUUCAUCGGGAUCAGUCCACCUUUCAUUCACUCUUAACUUGUCAAGAUUCUGAUAUAAAAUCUUCACAAAUUUAAUAAAGAUAAGGUAUUCGCAAGACACUUCCUCUUAUUAAUAAAGAAAAAUUUCUAGAUAUCCGUUUAAGUAGGCAGGCUUUUGGGUAUAAAUGCGACUUCGUGAUGAUAUCUAACCGAUGAUAGUACAAAACGUGCAGGGAUCAUGACAAUGAUACAUUCUUGCAUAUUAUACAGCCUUGGCUAUAUAAGAAUAAAGUACCUUCAAUUCCUUUGCGAAAAAUAACGGUAUUGAAUUAUUGGUAUUGAAUACCAAUAAAAAAGACUAAUGAAAUAUUAAAAUUAUUCAAAAGAGAAAUAUUUUUAUUUCUGAAUAAAUUUUAAAUUUACUUUUUGUUAGAAUGUCAAUUUUGAAGGUGCUUUAUAUUUAAUCAAGGCUAUACAUUAUAUAAUUGUAUGUUAACAUUAAUAAGCGGCAGUCCCUUUGUAGAAGCAGGCCAGUUGAUAUUAUAAUCAUUAAUAAUGUACUCGUACUGAUAUCGCACUUGUAAGUUUAAGGUUUAAGUCAUGCUAUUUUGAGAUUUAACAAGUAGCGAUAAUAAGGAAAAUAAGGAACGAUAUGUAUCAUGACAUGUUAUAUACAAAUUAGACAACGUCAUUUGAUUGUAUUUUGGCGCUGAAUAAAUUAGUUAUAUCUGCCAUCCUUUCAUGAAUAUUCGCAAAAUAUUUAUCUUUCAUUUGUACGUUUUUACACUAACAA